AUGUCAAUGCCUCCUGAUAUUAAUAAGAUUCUCGAUAUUGAAGAGGAAGAUCAAGAAAUUGAUAUGGAGUUUGAUAACGAUAAUUUAGAUAAUAUAAUUGAUUCCAUUCUUGAUGCAACAGACGGUGUUGGUCAUAUGUGGGAAUCAGUAGAUGAUGAUAAUACGGUAUCAAGUAAAUCAAAUAAUGAAAGAGUGAAAAUCUAUUCACUUCCAAUAAAUGAAUAUAUAACAUGGAUUAGGGAUCUUGAAAAAGGGGGACUAAGCUAUGUUCGGCAUGAUCGUAAAAGUAAUUGGUACAGUGCUAAAAAGAAAAAUCUGUGGACAGAGCGUUGGUACUGUCAUCGCUAUGGGACAUACAAAAGUAUCGCAGGAAAAAAUUUAAAUAAAAAACCAAGAAUUGUGCAAAAGGAGACUAAGAAAUGUGACUGCAAAAGCUUUAUUUGUGUAACUCUUCCUAUUAAUUCAUCUAAUGUAGUCCUAUACUAUUACUACAAACAUACAAAUCACUAUCCCGGACAUUUAUCUGAUUUAUGUACAAUGCCACUCUCUGAAAAUAUUCGAACCUUUAUUCAAACUUGUGCUCUCGAAGGACUAGAUGCUUUCAGCAUACAGAGGCUUUUGCGAUUUAGAGCAGUUGAAGUUAAAGAUCAGAUUAGAAUAGAUACUAAAGGUUAUUUACAGGAUGCUCGAAUGUUACGAGAUGCUUUUAUAACAUGUGAUGAUAUAUACACAAUAGUGUAUAAUAUAAUGAAAAAAUUAAUUUAUUUUGAUAAAAAUGAAUUAAUUUCUUUAGAAAAAUGGAAGGAAAAAUUAAUUAAUACUGGUGGAAAUUGUUUAUUUGAACGUGAUAAUGAGUUUGAGUUUCUUUUCGUAUUUCAGACAAAAGAACAAAAAAAUUUAAUUGAAUUCAGAAGAGUUUUGUGUCUAGAUAGAAAUAGAUACCCUGUAACAUUUUUGAUAAGUAAAUUCAAACGAUCAUCAAUGUUAAAUCAGUGGUUUAAUUUUUUAAAAGGCACGAAUGAAAAAUUUAGUUCUGAUAUAUUUAUGGUUGAUGACGCUGAAGAGGAGAUAAAAGCAGUUAAUGAGAGUUUUCUAGACAGUUCUGUAUUGUUAUGUCACUUCUAUGUACUGCGCUCUUGGCGUAGAAGGCUAGGCUAUAAGCAUGAUACAAAUAUCGAUCCAAAUAAGACAGAAGGGUGGAAUGAUGCAGAAGCACAGCAACAGGUCAUAAAAGCAAUUAAUGAGUGGCGAUCAAUGGGUGAUAAAAUUAUUGACGAUUUUGCAAAUUAUUUCGAAUUUUGGUGGAAACCCAAAUAUGAGAGAAGACUGGAGAGAUUGUUAGAAGAUAAUGAUAAAAAAAUAGAAAAUU